AUGUUUGUGUUGUGCAUUAUCGGCGCAACGGCCCGUGUCACCUUAGCCGUAUUAAAACAUCUAGCGCAACAUAAGGUACCGGAAAUUCUGGAUUUUGUGGAGGUGAAUCUGCGGAUCAGUUGUACGCCGGAUAAGCGCGGGAGGGAAGCCCGCCAGUUCAGUUGGGAGGCGUGCCGGGAUCGCGGGUGUCAGUUCCGGGAUGACGAUCUCCCGACGGAUGAUGGGCGGAAGUUUGGACCUCCUGUGUGCUAUAUGUCGCCGAAGAAAGUCGGUUACACUAUGCAGAAUGCGAAAGCGUACCAACCGGGAAACUGGUCCAGCGUGGGCGUGCUACGGGCCAUUCACAAACCGAUCGUCUUCGAUCCGCAACGUUCGACGCGCGUGUUUAGGACACCGGCAUUUCGAUCGGAUUAUUUAUCCGAAGAUACUCUGCGUUUCCAGCUGUUUGAUAAGGAUGAUGCAGACCGCUACGAAGUGCCCGUAGCGGUUAAUAAUGUCCGGAUGGAUUUCGACGUUCGUAAACUGCCGUAUGAAAUCAGCAUCAUCAAUGACGAUGGCGACCCUUUCGCGUUUGCUGUGUAUCGGAAAUCAUUUGGAUCCAAGUCGGCAAUCCUGGAUACUUCAUUAGGUGGACUGGUCUUGCAAGACCAGUUUCUCCAGUUUUCCACGAAACUGCCCUCGGAGAACUUAUUUGGAUUAGGAGACAACCGUCUGGGCAGUCUGAACCGUAGCCUGGAUUGGUACACAUGGGCCAUCUUCAAUCGUGACGUGGACAUUCUCAUGAUGGAAUCGCGUGACUCAGCUAAAUCGAAAAAUCUCUACGGAUUUCAGCCGUUUUACAUGGUCAUCGAGAACGACGGGCGGGCACACGGGGUUUUCCUGCGCAACAGUAAUGCAAUGGAUUACACGCUUCUUCCCGGCAAAACGAUAACAUGGCGAACCGUCGGGGGGAUUCUGGACUUUUACAUCUUCUUUGGUCCGACCCCGGAAGAAGUCGUUCAGCAGUAUACUAAUUUGGUAGGAAGGACGUUCAUGCCGCCGUACUGGGCACUGGGCUUCCAGAUUGGUAAAUGGGGCAUGGAUUCCGUCACGGACACCGAGAAUCUGAUUACCCGCAAUCGCGACCAGAGAAUACCGUUUGAUAUGGUUUUCGUGGACAUCAACUACAUGGAUGAUCGUCAACCGUUCACGUUGAGCCCGAACUAUACCGGUUUCCAUGAAAUCAGUACCGGCCGAACCGAAAGCAUGGGCAUAAAAUACGGUGGCAUCAUCUUUCCAUCCGUUCACGUGGAUGCCAGUGGCUCAGCAGGGGAUCCUUAUAUUAAGGCUCUACAGCAGCGUAUUUUAAUUACAUGGCCGGACAACGAACAAGCACGCUCUUGGACGGCGUCACACCCUCAGAGUUUAGGAGAGAACGGGACAAUUUUAGGAAAGGCAUGGGCCAUCGGACGGUCAGCGUAUAUCGAUUUCCUAAAUCCGGCUGCACAAGACUGGUUGCGGGAGAUGUUGACAGCCCAAGACACUGAAAGCACGAUUUUCUCAUCACUCUGGUUAAGCAUUGCCGAACCGUCGUGUUUUGCCACCAAUCAGCCGGCCAAAGAUGCCUGGUUUAUAACCGGUCGCGGGGCCAGUUACGAACAAGCCACGGUACCGGGUUGGAGACGGCACUGGGAGUACACGCUUAAGUGUAAUCCAGACAGCGACUAUGAAAAGCCUCCGUACCUGCCCGCUGCCAUUCGGGAAUGGGAAGACAGUUUGCACCCGGGGAUGCUGUCCAGUCAAACCCUCUGUAUGGAUGCACAGCAUACCGAUGGCAAGCGGACGUACAAGCACUACGAUGUGCACGCCAUCUACGGUUUAACCCAGGCUCGAGCGGUGCGCAAUGUUUCGCGGUUAAUUAAAUCCAAGCGUACCCUGAUCAUGUCGACGGCAUCCUUUCCCGGUAUCCAACAGUUUGCUGGGCGCUGGUUCGGUGAUAUUCGGUCCGACGAACGAGACUUCCGCUAUUCAUUCCAGUGGAUUUUGGAGUAUAGUCUAUUUGGCAAUAGCUACACCGGGGUGGACGUAUGCGGGUUCUGGAAUAUUGGGCAAUACGAAGACUUUCAGCUAACCAAAGAGCUUUGCCACCGUUGGACGAUUGCCGGGGCGUUCUAUCCUCUGAUGCGCGCGCAUUCCGCCACCACCAACUGGUAUCAUGAUCCUGCGGACAUGUUCAACUACCUGCCGCCGGCGUUUAUGGAGGAGGUUCGCAAAGCGCUGGAUCUUCGCUACCGGUUGCUGCCGUACUUGUACACACUGUUCCAUAUUGCGCAUACGCGCGGGAACACUGUUGUACGGCCGCUGCAUCACGAGUACCCGACACCCGAUAUGAUCAAUUACAUCAACCCCGAUCGCAAGCAGAUUCAGUUUUUCUGGGGCGGUGCGCUGAUGAUAACGCCCGUGCUGGAGAUCCGACCGAGAACUGCGUUCAUUGACAGGGUCAACAUUUUGUUCCCUCCUGAUGUCUUCUAUGACUUUUUCACCGGGCAAACAGUUAACGAUGCGGUAGCCAGGUCGCACGGACCAGUUUCGUACCCUUUAACAGAUGUUUCCAUUGGUUUACAUGGGCGUGCCGGUCAUAUCAUUGUAACGCAAGCCACGAAUGGCCAGCUCAAUACCAGAGAAAGGUCAUUAAGAAGUGAAUGCACAAACCAAUUCCCUCGUGGCCAUAAAUCCUUGAUUUUAUUUUGUUGCAGCCGAAAGUACAAUUUUACGGUAGUGGUGUUUCCAAAGCUGGAUCAAUAUUCGUAUGGAGAAUUCUACUGGGAUGAUGGAGAUUCUUUAGGUCAAUAAAGCACACAUCAUGCGUGUGCGCUUAUGUCGUGUAUAAGCGUUCACGCCGUUUAAGGCUCCAUGAACAAUCUUUACUCUUCCACGCCUGUAAUGCUCAAUCGGAACACGAAAGAUCAGGAAUCCCUCAGGAACACGCUAACCACAACUUCCGGUCGUAAGUCCUGUGAGGAUCGGCAAGAGCUAGGACGAUUGUGUCACGAGCAAACCUGUGUUCUAUGCAAUAAUCCGGGAACGAUCAUGUACAUCAGAAGGAACAAGUAUUGCUGUCUCUUUAUCCAAUUCACAUCACAGUUCACAACGCUAGGAAAUCGUAAUUAGAAGCAGUCUCAGAAGUAAAUCUCAGACUACUGAUUCCGAUAUUAGGCAUCACCAGAACUUAUAUAGACUUCGCGUUAUGACAUCAUAUACAUCGCUAGUAAAAGAGAACAGAAAAUCACAGAAGAGAUUGACUAGAUUAUCCGUUAUGUUGCAGGUGGAAGGCGGACAGUCAGCAUCCAGUACGUACUCCGGCGUGUGAUCCUAUUCCCACACGUCACCCCCACGAACGAUGCUUGGCCGUGCCAAAAUAAACAACCCAUCCCGCAACAUCCCAGUGCGAUUGUGCACUUCCGUCCAUCCUGAUCCCGAUCCACCGCACAAUCCACGCGUCCAUCCGAUGCCCAAUGUGACUGUACGCCGCGACUCCGAGUGAGUUAGUAUGUGGAAUCCUUGGCGAAGAGGCAUCCGGAAGUCCACGGGUUUGGCAGGGCGGAGGUCCAAGGAUCCAGGAAGGCGAACUAUGAACUACUGAUACUGUGCCGUUUGA